AUGAUAAUAAAAGCAGGUGUCCAUCAUGGGUUGGCAAAACCAUCAGCUAAAAAUCCCCAAAACAAAUUCUACCAGUUCCCUGACAAAUAUAAGUUCCUGAAAGUCGUGGGCCAGGGUGCCUUCGGGAAAGUGUUGCGGUGUUUGGAAAGAGAUACGAACAGUCUUGUGGCUAUAAAGAUCCCCUCAUUUGAAAACAGCUGCAGACAGGAGGUGGCCAUGCUCAGAUGGUUAAUGAGGCUAAAACUUGACAAGCACAACAUCGUCAAGUUCCAUGAAUGUUUUAGUGUAAGGCAUGGCGAGGCGCUCGUCUUUGAGAGUCUCGAAGUGACCUUAUAUGACCAUUUAUAUUACAAUCAUGUGACGUUGGCUGACUCAAGGACUAUAAUCAAACAGAUAGCCACAGCGCUUAAAGCACUGAAGAACAUCGGGGUGAUCCACACUGACAUCAAACUAGACAACAUAAUGCUAGUGGACAAGAAACCACCCUUAAGAGCUAAACUUAUCGACUUUGGCUUGGCCAUGGAUAAUUCUACAGCCAGGCAGGGCAAGAAGCUGCAAACAGUUGGCUUCAGGGCUCCCGAGAUCAUCCUCGGCAUGCCAUUUUCCGAGGCCAUCGACAUGUGGUCAGUGGGCUGCGUGUUAUUCAGCAUGCUCAACCGUAGAGACCUGUUUCACUGUGAAGAAUAUUACACACUACAGUUUAUGAUUGAACUCCUGGGUCAGCCGCCAGACGAGCUUCUGAACUACGCAGUGUAUAAACAUAAAUUUUUUAUUGAGACAAAGUCCAACAGCUGGAGGUUCCAGACGAUUGAGGAGUACGGGGUAGAGCUCCUUCCACAAGCCCCCAACAAACUAGGCUUUUCAUCUCUGGAUGAUCUCAAAAUGAUUAAAAGAGUGAUCCCAGCCAAGGCUGCAGAAUACAAGCAGUGCAUCAAGCUAAUGAAGGCCAUGCUGACGAUGGAUCAGAACAAGAGGAUCACACCCAAUGAAGUCCUCCAGCACCCCUUCAUCACCCAUCUUAACAAUGAGGACACUGAGGACAACAAGGACACUCAGGACAACAAGGACACUGAGGACACUCAGGACACUCAGGACAACGAGGACAAUGAAGACACUCAGGACAACAAGGACACUGAGGACAAUGAGGACACUCGGGACAACAAGGACACUGAGGACACUCAGGACAACAUGGACACUCAGGACAUUGAGGACACUCAGGACAACAUGGACACUCAGGACAUUGAGGACACUCAGGACAACAUGAUAAUAAAAGCAGGUGUCCAUCAUGGGUUGGCAAAACCAUCAGCUAAAAAUCCCCAAAACAAAUUCUACCAGUUCCCUGACAAAUAUGAGUUCCUGAAAGUCGUGGGCCAGGGUGGCUUCGGGAAAGUGUUGCGGUGUUUGGAAAGAGACACGGACAGUCUUGUGGCUAUAAAGAUCCCCUCAUUUGAAAACAGCUGCAGACAGGAGGUGGCAUGCUUAGAAGGUUGA